AUGGCGUCCAAUUCGAUCAAACUUCUGACUGGCAACAGUCAUCCUGAGCUUGCAAAGCUCGUCGCUGAUCGGCUAGGCAUCGAGUUGACCAAGAUCAUGGUGCUUCAGUAUUCAAACCACGAAACGAGUGUUACGAUUGGAGAAAGUGUACGAGAUGAAGAUGUAUUCAUCUUGCAGUCCACACGUCCGAACGACAUCAAUGAUGGACUCAUGGAGCUCCUCAUCAUGAUCAACGCUUGCAAGACCGCUUCAGCCAGGCGGAUUACUGCCGUUAUUCCUAAUUUCUUUUACGCUCGCCAGGACAAGAAGGAUAAAAGUCGUGCGCCGAUCACCGCGAAGCUUAUGGCGAAUAUGCUCCAAACCGCUGGGUGCAACCAUGUCAUAACGAUGGAUCUCCAUGCCAGUCAGAUUCAGGGCUUUUUCAACGUCCCUGUUGACAAUCUGUAUGCGGAACCGAGCAUGCUGAAGUGGAUUCGGGAAAACCUGGACGUACAGAACUGUGUCAUCGUGAGUCCGGACGCUGGAGGUGCUAAGAGAGCGACUGCGAUUGCCGACCGUCUUGAUCUUCAAUUUGCGCUGAUUCACAAGGAGCGACCGCGCCCCAAUGAAGUCUCCAGGAUGGUGCUUGUUGGCAGUGUGAAAGACAAGAUUGCGAUCAUCGUCGAUGACAUGGCCGACACCUGUGGAACGCUUGUCAAGGCUGCGGAAACGAUCAUGAAGCAUGGGGCGCGCGAGGUCAAUGCCAUCGUUACGCAUGGAAUCCUUUCCGGCAAUGCGAUCGAGAACCUCAACAACAGCUGUCUGCGUCGACUCGUGGUCACCAAUACUGUGCCCCACGAGGAGAAGAAGGAGCUUUGCGACAAGAUUGAGACGAUCGAUAUCAGUCCCACGCUGGCAGAAGCGUGUCGACGCACCCACAACGGCGAAUCCGUCAGCUUCCUCUUUUCACAUGCGGUGGUUUAG